AUGGGCGCACAUCAAAGCAAACAAAAUAAGCGGCGAGCUCACCAUGGUUCAUCAACAAGGCAUCAACCUCCGCCACCACAGUCGCAUUACCAGCAACAUCAUCAUGUUACUCGCCAACCUUUACGAUCGCAACAACUACAGCAGCAGCGUCAACGCGCAAGUCUAAAGCAGCAGCAACAGCAAAAAUCCGUAUCACAGCAUUUUGUUCCUGAACAACAAUCGCAAUUACAUCUUCCCGUAUCACCGCCACAACCAGCAUACACAGCCGAGCCGUUACUUAUCGAAGAUGAAGAUGAUGAUGAUGACGUGCAGCGUCGGCUAUCAAUCGAUUUUAUGGAUUCACAAUCGAGCAUCUUGCUAAAGAACAAAUUUGCCGCUGUUGUAGGUGGUGGCGAUAGUACAUUUUCAAGCACAUCAUCACGUAACGCAUCAUCACCAUCAUUAUCCAACUAUGACCAACCAUUGUACCUUCCACCUACCAUGUCAUCCAUCACAUCUUCGUCAUCUGCCAGCUCAGCACGCACAGCAUUAUUUUCCACAUUAUCGUCCUUGUCGAGCACUGCAUCGUCAAUCUCAUCUAUCCAUAUCAAACAAGCACAUGAUGCCACCUUGCCCAUUCUUGAUCACCAUCAUCCUACCACCACUUCCCAUACUGCAUCUUCGUCAACACUUACUUUACCCACAACGGCAACGGUUGUUGAUGACGAGAACCAACGCAUGGAUGAAGCAUACAAUAGGCUUGAUCGAUGGAUAAUGCAACCUGAUAUCAGCGAUCGUCAAGUGGUAGCUGAGGCCUAUUACCCAUAUGCCGUAUUCCACUACUAUGGGUUGUCACCAUCACGACAGCCUAACUACCCGCUUGCUUACAAGUAUUUUCAACAAGCGGCCAAGGAGAACAUGGUGUUGUUGCAAACGUGUCGAGACCAAGAGCAACGUGAACGCAUUAUAGGCAUCAUUUCCAAUGCACAAUACAACCUUGGUGAAAUGUGGGCCAGUGGCAAAGGCGUUGCGAGAGUUGAUACCAUCAAAGCAACCCAAUACUUUAAAGCAGCAGCCGAAAAUCAGCAUGCUACUGCACGCUACAUGAUGGGCUACUAUCACCAUCACGGGAUCGCCAUGAGCAAAACCGAACAGCCACGAAAAAGCAUUGACCAGGCUAUUGAGUGGUACACGCUAGCUGCUGAACAAGGACAUGAUAAGGCUCAAGCUGCUCUUGGGGCAUUGUUGUUGGAUCGUCGUCAACCACAGGAAGCAUUAAAAUGGCUACAUCUUGCAGCGGAUAAGGAGGAACAUGUGAAUGCUGAUGCCUUGUUGCAACUUGCCUACGUAUACGAGGAAGGUGCUGGUGAUACGGUGACGCCGAAUAAGAGACUUGCUUUUGAGUACUAUGAAAGAUACCUGCGUUUGGUACCUGUAUCGGAUCCCCAAUACGGCAAUAUGCAUUAUCUUAUGGGCAUCAGCUUCCGUAACCACAGCCUCUUAAAUGAUUCUACCGAUUUGGCAACCGACCACGAGCGCGCUAUUAUGCACCUUACUCGUGCUGCAAAUGCUGGCCAUGCUCAAGCUCAGCGUGCUCUGGGCACCAUGUACGAACAAGGUCUCGGUUUUUCAUGUGCCGAUGAACACCAAGCCCAUGCCUUAUUCACAAAAGCGGCCGCUCAAGGUGACGUGCUUGCACUUGGCUCACUUGGAAAGCAAUACGAAUGGGGUCGUGGCUGUAUUCGUGAUACCACCAAAGCAAUCCAAUGCUAUCAACGUGCUGCUGAUAGUGGUUGUGUCCCUGCUCAACUUGCACUUGCCAUGCUUUUCGAAAAACUUGGUCGUAUCGAUGAUGCCUUGCCCUGGUUUGAACGUGUUGCCAAUGCUGAUAAAGAUGAUCUUGGCAAGGUGUAUCGCAGCACAGCUCAACUUCGCAUAGCGUUGCAUAAACGAGAUCGCACAAGUCUUGAAGCACUCGCAUCCAAAUCCGGUGUACCUGAUGAAGCACAUUAUUGGCUUGGUCGAUGGUGGAAGGCUGAAAAGUCACCAAAAGCAUUUCAACACUUUUUACAUGCUGCAGAGCUAGGCCACAUGUUGAGCCAAUUUCAUGUUGCUGAUAUGCUAGCCAAUGGAUUACUCGGCGUUUCCAAGGAUCGUGUAGCUGCCUAUCAUUGGUACACCAAAGCAUCUGCUCAAGGUCAUGCACUAUCACAAUUGUGUGAAGCACUCUAUUACAUACAAGCCAUUCAGCCUGUUGCCAAGGUCGACCUUCCAAAAGCAGAGUCAUUGUUACGCUGUGCCGUGAGGAAAGGAUCUCCAGAAGCUAUGGUGCGACUUGCUCAAGUGUUGCUCAAGACAUCUUUGGACAAGAAAAAAGAAGCUGUUGAUUGGCUUCUCAAGGCCGCUACCAAGGAUGAUACAAGUGCCAUGCGUGAACUUGCCAACAUUUAUGAAUCGGAUGGUGAUUACAAAUCUGGAUACGAAUGGCUCCAACGAGCUACGGAUGAGCAACACAAUGAUCCACGUGCUUGGUAUGCGUUGUCGCAGUAUUAUGAAAAAGGAUGGUGGUGUUGUUCAAGUGGUGAAGAAGCCGAGCCUGAUGUAAACAAGGCCCUUGAAUGUCUCAGGAAAGCCGAGGCACUUGGCUAUAUCAGAGCAAGCUUUGAGAUUGCUUUACUUUAUGAGAGGCGUUCACAAUGGACAUCGGCUUUGCGUCAAUACGAUGUUAUUUUGCAAAAGUUUGAUCCUACUACUCACCCCUAUGGCUGGCAUGCUCUUUUGGCCAAACAUCGCCUUGAGGUCUUACAUGGUGCUGGUGGUAAUAGUGCCGAUAGCAACAAGGUGGUCCGUGAGCAAGAGACGUAUCGGUCGCUUAGUGAAAUGGUGCAAACACACAAAGACAAAGCUGACGCUGUUGAAGCAUUUGAGCUGCUUGGCAUUUGCUGUGAAAAUGGCCUGGGAAUCCAAUGUGAUAUCACUCGGGCCAUGGCGUGGUAUACCAAAGCUACCCAUUUGAGUAUCCCUACAGCCAACACAUCUCUCGCCUUAGACCAAGCUCGUACUCGAUGUCGCCUUGUACACUUAUUGAUCAUCCAUGAGAAGCACGAUGAAGCGUUGCAACAGCUACGUUUAGUGGAGCCGUAUCUCGAUCAAAUGAAAGGCCACGUUUCCUCCGAGACCGUUACUCAAGCCCGUGAAGCACGUUAUCAUUUGGGGUAUCUCUUAUUACAUCACCAAAAUCAAGCACAAGAAGCCAAGCGUUGGUUAAUAGAAGCAGCUGCACAAGGCCAUACUGGAGCUAUGUAUGAGCUUGGCAAGCAAGCUAUGCGUGAAGGAAACCACAGCGAGGCCAAGCAUCGAUUUAGUCAAGGUCAUGUGAUGGGUCAUGCAAGCAGCAAGCGUGAGUUGGCAUUGUUGUUGCUACAAGACGUUGACGGCAAUGAAAACGACCACUCCAACAAUGACGAUGAUGACGACGAUGAUGAUGAACGCAAUAUUGAUAUGAUCAAGUACUUGCUGGAAGAGGCGGUCGACAUGCAAGACACUGAAGCCAUGUUUGAAUUGGGACAACUUUACGAGCAUGGCCUAGGCAAAAAAUUUCCUGCUGAUCGGCUCGAAGCAUAUGCGUUAUACAAGAUGGCUGGUGCAUUACAACAUAAACUUUCAUGCGUCUAUGCUGGUGAAGUGUGCUACGGAUUAAAACGAUUUACAGAAGCACUCGACUGGUUUAGACGAGUACCAGAUCAUUGGAUUGCACGUUUUCGUAUGGCGCUUUAUGGUCUACAGCUUGAACCAGAUGCUGAACGUACAUGGUUUACCACACUUUGUGAUGCUGUACCCACUGAACCACCUUCUUCAAGCAUAUACGAAAGACGCAUCUGGAGCAAAGCGUGCGAGUGUAUUGGUGAAUGCUUUGAACGUGGCCAAGGAAUUGAUCAAGAUGAUGAGAAAGCUAUCCUAUGGUACACACGCAGUGCUGAUUUGGCUAGUGUGCGAGCAAUCAGUGCUAUGCAUCGCUUGGCACAAUUAUACGACAAGAAGAAACAAGAUGAUUCAGUAUUAGAAUGGCUACGUGCAGCAGCAGAACAAGGUGAUAGUGAGGCUCAAUUCCAAGUUGGCCUUUUCCACAAGUAUGGUCGUGGCGGAUUACUCGUCAACUCGGUUGCCGCAGCAUCCUAUCUAAGCAAGGCAAUGGUUCAACGUCAUCCACGUGCAACAUACGAGCUUGCUGAUACCUAUUGGCAAAUUCGUGAUUAUCCCAAGGGAUGGCAAUGUUUUCAAGAUGCAGCCGAUAAACAAGGCAUUGUCGAGGCGUUGCGUGCUUUAGGCUUCCUAUACGAUCGUGGAUUUGCCGAACUUGACCGCACUGGGAAGUUAUUUACCGUUACGCAAGAUCGCAUGAAAGCUAUUGAUUACUUUUGCAAAGCAGCCGAUAUGAAUGACAAGGCAUCCAUUCUUAUGCUUGGCUCCUACUAUGAAGCAAGUUGCUUGCAAGAAGAUAGUCCACUUGAAAAGGCGCUCGCUUUCUAUGAAAAAGCUGGUGGUGCACAAUCGACCAACCCUGUUCUCGAAUUCGUCAUUGGUCGUUUAUUCCAUACCAUGGCUGAUCACGCUCCUGCCUUACAUCGAGAAGCCUUUAUUCGUUUUGAGCGUGCUGCCAACAUCAAGAAUCAAGAAAUGGCUGAUAGCAGCAAUGAUACACAGACCGAUUAUUCAACUGCCAAUGCACAAAUCAUGGUUGCCUUGUAUCAUCUAUACGGAUGGUAUGCUCCUGAGCAUAAGCCUAAGAAGGGUUUUGAGAUUCUGCUGCAGCUUGAGAGGGACGGCAAUAAUGAUGUUCAACGUGAUGUCAAGGAACAAAUCGCUCGUUGCUAUGAGAACGGAAUCGGUACCACCAAGGAUCUAUCACAAGCCCUUCUCCAUUGGAAACGUUUAUGUGAGUUGGGGGUCAAGAAUGCGCUUGUUAUUGUAGAAGAAUAUCACAAAGACGGUAUUGCAACGGAUGAGGAGCUACAAAGUGCCCAACGAUCCUUCCGAGCUACGCAAGUGGAUAAUAUCGUACCAUCAGAGGAACGUGAAGAAACAGCAUCCUCCUCAGCAUCAAGCUACACAAACUAA